CCCGCUAGAAACAUUCGAUGCCUCAGUAAACCUAACUUUCUGUGCCAAAGAUUUCGCCGUGGAGAGAAAUCCAAAAAUUACCAUUCUAAAAAGGAGAUUUUCAAGGAUUUUUCGGUCGUUUUCAGCUCCGUUUUGGGAAAGGUGAGAGACAGCGACGAGGAUGGCAUCCCCGACGAGCAAGGCGACUCUGGUGGUGGACAGCGGGUCGGGAACCACGAAGGCGGGUUUCGCGGGAGAUGUGGUUCCCGUUUCCGUAUUCCCGACGGUCGUGGGACGCCCUCGAGCUACGCGCCACUUCAGCUCCAACGCGCAGCCCUUGGUCGGGAACGCAGCCCAGAGGAAGCGCGGCAUAUACAAGCUCUCGUUCCCGGUCGAGCGCGGCGUCGUCACCAGCUGGGACGACAUGGAGAUCCUCUGGGGCCACACCUUCGAGCACGAACUCCACGUCGAGCCUCGGGAGCACAGCCUCCUGCUGGCCGAGCCGCCCCUCUGCUCGAAGCCCAACCGCGAGAAGGCGGCGCAGGUUCUGUUCGAGACGUUCGGCGUGGGCGCGCUCUGCGGGGCCAACCAGGCCGUGCUGUCGCUGUACGCGUCGGGGCGGUCCACGGGCAUCGUGCUGGACUCCGGCGACGGCAUCACCCACGCCAUGCCCUUCUACAAGGGGUACUCUCUCCCCCAUGCCAUUCUGCGCUCGGAUCUGGCCGGCAGGGACCUCACGCAGUACCUGGAGGAACUGCUGGGCAAGCGAGGCUAUUCCUGCCACAGCUCCACCGAGAGGGACAUCGUCCGCGACGUCAAAGAGCGCCUGUGCUACGUCGCCCUCGACUUCCACCAGGAGAUCGCCAAUGCCAAGACCUCCGCCGUCGAAAAGACCUACGAGCUUCCCGACGGGGAGGUCAUAUCCCUCGGAGAAGAGAGAUUCCGCUGUCCCGAGGUCCUGUUCGACCCGUCCCUCAUCGGCAAGGAGGCCCGGGGCUUGCAGGACGCCGUAUACGACUCCAUCCUCAAGUGCGAGGCGGACAUCCGCAAAGACCUCUUCGCGAGCAUCAUGCUGACCGGCGGCAGCAACAGGUUCCCAGGCAUGGCCGACAGGAUGAAGAGGGAGCUGGGGGACAGAACCCCUCUUACGGUUAGUGUCCUCGCCCCGCACCCCGAGCACCAGUACUCCGUGUGGACCGGCGGCUCCAUCCUGGCCUCGCUCUCCACCUUCCCGCAGAUGUUGGUCAGCAAGCAGGAGUACGAGGAGGCUGGACCAACGGUUCUCCACAAGAAAUGUCAAUGAUCUCUUCCUGUCUUCAGUAUGCCAAGUAGAUUAUAUAAAAUUUAUCUGGAAUUUAUACGAAAUUAA